UCGUCAACAAGAUCUCGGGUGUAAUUGGCUUGUUUCGUUAGUCGCGUUUUGUUAUUAAGUUUGACUCCCUCAAUGAUACUUAGUCACGUUUUUUUUUUAAGUCAGCGACAAUAAAUAAUUUCCGGUGUUCACAAAGCGACAUUUUUGAAACGUUAAGCCGAUGUUAACGUACAGUGGCUGCGGCGUGGGAGCUGCAGAGGCGGAAAAUGGUUCCCCGGCGGGAUCUUUACUGUCCGGAGAAGGUGAGCUGCCGGAAGAAGCCGGCGACUCGCCCGGAACGUCGAGGGAUACCGAGGAGGAAGCGACGCUUUCCGACGAAUUUUAUUCCCACGACACGGACGAGGAGGAGGAUCAAAGCAAACGACGGCGGGAUCGUUCCAGUUCCCUAGAUGGCAUUUCGCCUGGCAGUGGUCACUUGGGCUCGCCUACGCCCCGUAUAGGGAACUUGGGGGUCAGAAAAUUGUUCACCAACAGUCGCGAACGGUGGAGGCAGCAGAACGUCAGCGGCGCCUUCGCGGAGCUUCGUAAAUUGGUGCCGACGCAUCCACCGGACAAGAAAUUGUCGAAGAACGAGAUACUGAGAAUGGCGAUAAGGUACAUAAGUUUGUUGAGCAAAGUUCUGGAAUGGCAAAAGGAUCAGGAUCGUAACGGGAUGCAGCAACACGACAUGCGCAUCAAGUGCGAGUCGCAUUUGAACAAUCAAACCGCAAUUACGUACCAGACAAAGCCAGCUAUCACCUUCUUGAAGCAGGAAAAUCAGAGCGUCGCCGAAAACUCUCAUGUCUUUCGCAUUAAUUAUCCCGCGCAAAGACACAACUCGCACGCGGCGUGUGACAAAAGCAACAACAAUUUGCUGAUGAUCGCACCGGUCGGGCUCGGUGCCACAAUUUCCGGUGGAAAACGCUGCGCCACACCUUCCAUAGUCGUUACUCAAAGCAACUUUCACAGCAACAGCAACGGAAAUCUUGUACGUUCUUCCUCAACGGGGCGAUCUUCGAGUUUUCCAAAAUCGCCGCAAGUUCCAUCAAACACCAACAUGGUAUCUAAUGGAUCCUCGUCGUCCUUAACGAGCAACACGCCGAUCGCGAACGGCAUAGGAUCAAACGGAUCGAGCUGCGCUCAGAAGAGAUUCAAAAUCGAGCGGGAAGAAGAGGAACAGGUUUCGAGGGAGUGCAGAGCCCCGCCACCACCCGCACAUAGUGUGCCGGUCAGAAAAAGGGUCAAAGUCACUUUCCUAAAAGACUCGGGUUUUCGCGGCGAUUUGUGCAAAUAAAAAACGAUCGACCCGUCGGUUUAGUUCGCUUCAACAACGUGCGCGUGUAAAUAUGUUUCUUUCAUGCUGUAGUUGACAAUAAUUGGUACGCGCAGCGCGUACAAAAAUUAGAUAAUUUCUUGAUAGAUUUCUCGAUGAGUUAAGUUUUAUUUUUAAUCAUGUAAAAUUUUGACAUAAAAUUUCUCAAUUUGCUGUAAAUGUUGUACAUCUGUCUUGCUCUCGUAGUGUAUAGCGUAAGUCGUCUCUCAACUAUACUUUGUUCUAAUUUUUAAUAAACAUUUCAUCUUGUUAUACAAAAUAAUUUUUCUUUUUUUUUUUUUUUUAAUUUAAUCUUGUGGAAGUAUUAAUUGUCUGAUCUUUACACUUUAUUCAAAUUACGAGCUUAGGUAUAGUGAUGUAAUUCUGCAAAUGUUCGAUCAUAUGUU